AUGGCUCGAACUAAGUGCACAGCCUGUAAGUCCACCGGCGGAAAGGCUCCGACGAAGCACCUUCGGGCUUUCUAUGCUGCCGCUCGUAAGACUGCUCCCGCCACUGGUGGAGUGAAGAAGCCUCGCCGAUAUCGCCCUGGAACUGUUGCUCUUCGUGAAAUUCGCAAAUAUCAGAAGGGCACAGAGCUACUUAUAAGGAAGCUACCGUUCCAAAGGCUUGUCAGGGAGAUUGCCCAAUUUUGCAAGAGUGAUCUACGUUUCCAGAGCCAUGCGGUGCUUGCUUUGCAGGAGGCAGCCGAAGCAUAA